UGAUCCAUAUGCAAAAUCCUGAUCCUCCUGCUUGAACUUGGAAGUGGACUUGGACAUCUCUGCAAGUCAUCUUCAGGCCAGUGGAGGGCACAAUGACUCUCCAGUUGUUAUCAAGCUCGACUCAUUUAUGAGGGUGGGGGUUAACAAACUAUUGCGCAUGUACACUAAACUCUGACCACCAUCCAGUGGGAUAAUCUUCUUUGGAGAAAGCGUGGCGUGCCUGCCUGCCUAUGCAUUGGAUUUGAUUAAGGUUGUGUUUCGGUCCGCGGUAUGGACUCUCAAAAAAUACAUAAUGUGUCUGUCUUUCAGGAGGCCCUACAGAGGAUAAUAACCACGUUGGCCAAUAAAAAUGAGGACCUCCAUAACUUCAUGGAAACACUUCGUCACUCUCUGGCUGGUGUCCAGGUGAACUCCACACAGGUGGUGUCUGACCUGGAGGAGGAGUUUGACAGGUUAUUCACCAUCCUGGUUGAGAUGAAGGAGAGCAUGAUCAACACCAUCAAACAGGAAGGGGCCAAGAAGACACAGGAAAUACAGAAUCAACUGACCCAGAGCAGCGACGCCUUGGAGAGUGCCGAGGAGCUCCUGGAGUUCGCCAACAAUGCUCUGGAUAUUAAAGACGAGGACCAGUUCACUCAGGCUGCCAAGCAGAUCAAAGAUAGGGUAACCAUGGCCUCCGCCUUCAGACUGACCAUGAAGCCCAAGGUCACAGACAGCAUGAACCAUCUGAUGGUGGACUUUACCCAGGAGAGACAACUUCUCCAGAACCUCAAGUUCCUGCCUGUCCCCUGGGCCCCAGAGAUGGAGGUAGGGGACUGUCUGGUGUUAGACAACACGGUGUCUGUAGCCUGGAAGAUGCCAGUGGAGGACAGCAAGAUAGACCACUACAUACUGGAGUACAGAAAGACCGACCACGAAGGGCUGCCGCGCAUCAAAGACGAACGGUGCUGGGAGGUGGUGGACAACAUCAAGACCACAGAAUACUCACUGUCGGGUUUAAAGUUUGACUCCAAGUUCAUGAACUUCCGGGUACGAGCAUGCAACAAGGCAGCAGCUGGAGAAUACUCGGAUCCAGUUACCCUGGAAACCAGAGCGUUUAACUUCGGCUUUGACUCGUCGUCGUCCCAUCUGAACCUGAAGGUAGAGGACAGGACUGUGGAGUGGGACCCCCAGGGAGGCAAGGGGCUGGAGAGCAAGGUCAAGGGCAAGGAGAACAAGGGCAGAAGCUUUAUAAAACUUUGUAUCUGGCUCGUACUUUCAUCUCCAGUGGCUUGCCGUUCAGAAAGACCUGAAACCGCAGGAGCAGCCCAGGGCACUACGGAGACUUACGGAUGGAAGGUUGGCAUGCAGAUACAUGGCAUGCCGUAAUAAUCUGAGGGACAGGCUUCAAGCAGUUCUGAGAGAGCUACAGGACAUUGAAGAGAAUGCAGAGCACUGCAAAAUAAGUGUACAAACAGUGUGUAAAGAGAGAAAGAGAAGCUUAAGAUUUCACAACUCAUUGUUUAUGUAGGACAGAAACAUAGUGACCAAAGUGAUGGUGAGAGCUUCCAUAGAGCUGUCUUUUAUCAGCUGCUUGACAGUCUCACCGCUGAGCUGCAGAGGUGUUUUUCAAAGAAGAAUUGUGAGAUAAUGCAAGGUGUCCAGCCUCUCAACCCAAACAGCACAACUUUCCUGAAUGAGGAGCUUCUGUUUGCCUUUGCUCAGACAUACAUGUCAUAUUUAGAGGACCUCCUUCAAUGUGGAAGAGUUUGUUCUCACCAGAAACGCAGAAUGAUGCUGUUUUAAAUCUACCAGGGAUUAAUUUGGCCCUUUGAUGGGUCCCUCUGGUCGUGAUUAACACCUGCACUGUGCCCUAGCUAGUACACUGACCUUCUGAAAUGAUACAUCCAAAGGGUUUCAUGAGACACAGAUUUAAUUUGGUAAAGACUUUUUAAGUCCAUUUCUGCUUGAUACCUGGUAUGUCAAAUCGCAGUGUGUUUUUCUGUUGUUGUAAAUAAACAUGUAAAUAAACGUAAAUGUAAUUUAUAUGUAACACACAAAUGCUCUUAUCUCCAUGGUGCUUGAGCUUCACUUCCUGACAAUAUUUUGAAUGUUCAACACUUAUAGG